GGAAGCCCCCCGCUCCUCCCCCAGUGGAGGCAGGACGGGCUCUAAGAUGGCGGCGGCGGAGGAGCGGCUCCUGUCGGAGGGGGAAGGCGGCGCCCUGUGCUCGGCGCGGCUCUCCCCGCCCCCGCUCCCGCAGGCUCCCGAGGCCUCGGCGCUGCUGGAGCAGCCUCCUCAGAGCAACACGCUCAUGGGGCUGCCCAUCGUGGCCAUCGAGAGCAUCCUCAGCUUCCUGUCCUACGACGAGACGAGCCAGCUCCGCCUGGUUUGUAAACGAAUGGACUUGGUUUGCCAGCGAAUGCUGAAUCAGGGAUUUCUAAAAGUGGAAAGAUACCACAACUUGUGUCAAAAGCAAGUUAAAGCUCAGCUUCCAAGACGGGAGUCAGAAAGAAGAAACCAUUCAUUAGCUCGUCAUGCAGACAUCCUUGCUGCUGUAGAAACAAGACUUUCUCUGUUAAAUAUGACUUUCAUGAAGUAUGUGGAUUCCAAUCUCUGCUGCUUCAUACCUGGAAAGGUAAUAGAUGAAAUUUACCGUGUGCUAAGAUACGUAAACUCUACAAGAGCUCCUCAGAGAGCUCAUGAAGUUCUUCAGGAACUAAGGGACAUUUCUUCCAUGGCUAUGGAAUAUUUUGAUGAGAAGAUUGUUCCAAUACUGAAAAGGAAGCUGCCUGGGUCAGAUGUAUCAGGACGUCUGAUAGGAGCUGCCCCAGUUCCAGGGCCCUCAGCAGCACUAACAACCAUGCAGCUGUUCUCCAAGCAGAACCCUUCGAGACAGGAAGUCACCAAACUCCAGCAGCAAGUAAAAGCGAAUGGUGCCAGCGUGACAGUGCUAAAGCGCGAAAUCUCAGAGCUUCGCACCAAAGUGCAAGAGCAACAGAAACAACUCCAAGAUCAAGAUCAGAAACUGCUAGAGCAAACACAAAUCAUAGGUGAACAGAACGCCCGAUUGGCUGAGCUUGAACGCAAGCUGCGAGAGGUGAUGGAGAGCGCAGUAGGAAAUUCUUCAGGCUCUGGCUCAAACGAACAAUCUCCAAGAAAGAGGAGGAAGGCGGUGGAAUCCACAGACUGUCCUAGGAAAUCUAAACGCCUUCGAAACAGAAAAUAACUUGGGAGUAAAUGACACCUUCAGGAGGAUACACUGCUUCAGUAGCCCAAGCAGGUCUGCCUGUGUGGAUCCUGUGACUAGUUUCAUGGUGUCUGUUAGGCUGCUGGCUCUUCAAAACACCACUUAGACUCGAACAGUAAUUUUCUUUCAUUGAGACUUUUCCCCUGCUUUCUGUAUGGGUGGGCCUAACGCACAGGAUCUUUAAGAUUUGCAAUAGAUACCUACUAACCAGACCUGCUCUGUUACAUUUUGAAGGGUUAAUUUUUUUUCUGUGCAGAUGUGUUUAAAGUAAACUUAUUUGUGUUUAUGCAUAUGUUCACAAACUCUUAAAUAAAUUCAGUCUUAACUGACAAAAAA